AUGCCCGGUGGAGAUAGAAGCUGGCAUAGUCGCUCUACUCUAUCGCAUGGGUGCUCUACAUGCACGUUCGAGGACGGCAGCGGCGACUUGAUUUUCUGUUGUCAAUGCGGGUCUGGGAUUCAGCUUUUAUACGUCAAUCCGUCCUGUUACAAUUGCGGCCACCACUUCCUGUGGGACGGUCCGAUUAUUCCAAACCACCGCAACUCGAAAGCUACAUUGCGAACAGAAGAGACAGAAGCCCCCUCGUUGACCUUCAAUGAACUUCUUUUUCGCCGAGCAGCAGACCCAGCGCAGCGAUGGAGUAAGCCCAUAUCUACCGACAAUGAUGCAGCUUCUUGUGGCUCAUCACCGCGCCAUGACCCUUUGGAACUUUCAGCAGCUGAACGUCGGGCACUCCCAGCACCUGAAACCCCGCAUGAUACUCUUGAGCAGCUUCUGGGGCCGUUACCAUCAAGUCCCGAGUUGGCUGCUCGGGUCUACAUUCAUGCGCGAGAGAGAUGCCAGGAAACAUCCCCUCAAGGCUUGCGACUCUUUGAGGAACACGUAUUCAAAAGGCUCCAUGAAACAGACUGGCCUGAUCACCCGUUAGUUUGGGAUAUUGAAUCUUCAGAUCAAUCUUCGGACGAAACCCCGACUGCUCGAAAAACCAGUUCAAUUCCGCGCGUUCACCGGGACCCGACCCUUUCCGAAAGCUCACACGGAUCGCAUCACAUCGCGAAGGCCGCAGCAGCAGACUCGGAAGGAGUUAAUGAAAAGACCAGACUUUUGCCCAGAGCUGCAUCCCGGGAUAGCUCGGUGGAGGUAUAUAGCAGCUCGGAAACAUCACCGUCUACCUGUAGCAGUCCUACAGCUACCCCAAACAGCAACACUGAAUACGAUGACUCCACCGAAACCGAGACAAGUCCGAGUACGGUGACACUAUCUUAUCCUAGGCCCUCAAUCAUCUCAUACCUGGCCCGAAACAUAGUCAAUCGUGUCAUGAAUGGUAUCCACUUCUUCUUCGACGUCAAGUCCGGCAUCAUUCAGUGUACUACUGGCUCAAACCACAAUACCCCAACCGCUAAAAGCCAAAACGCUUCCGGCCAUAGUAAUCCUAACAAUCGCCAGGCCGAGGAUGGAAACAAGCGACGAGAAGGUGGACGUGAUAGCCAUGACCCACCGCAGGACCAGAGCGAAGACGACCAUGACGAUGAUAGUAGUAAUAAGCGACAGAAGCUGAACAACGGCAGACGCGCGCAGAAAUCUACCAAGAGGUUUGCAUGCCCAUACUUUCAACGCGAUCCAGAGAAGCACAAAGACCGUCGCUCCUGUGCUGGUCCGGGAUGGUUCGACAUCCAUCACGUGAAAGACCAUCUUUACCACUAUCACGAAGUGCGACCUUGUCCAAGAUGUCGAUUGGAUUUGAAGACAGACAAGGCAUUGAAGUUGCACCUGCAAGCACCCCAGAUCUGCGAGAACCAAGCGCCGCGCCCAUGCGACGGCAUAGAUGAAGUCAAAAAGGCAAAACUCCAAAACCGAAAAGGAUGGAGCAGAAAGACCCCUAUUAGAAAGUGGGAGGCUAUCUACCAGAUUCUCUUCCCUAAUGACAACAUUCUCGAUAUGCCUAGUCCAUUUUAUGAAAAUGGUGACAGCUCAUCGUCUACAGGAGAUCCUGUCGCUCGUUUCGAGCGAUAUUGCCGGCGCGAGCUUCCGCGCAGUGUACGGACAAGGCUAGAAAAGGUUGUCGAGGAACAUCUUCUCAGGGACGGAGACCUUAUCACUAAUCAGAUCGAAUCCAUCAUCAGAGAAAGUUGGGAUGGAGUAGUAUCCAGUUUUCAAGAAGUAUCUGGAAUAAGAGGUAUUUCAAUAGUACCCAACUCAACCCCUGCUAAAGGUUACGAAAUGGACGUGGCCGACGAGGAUGCCUCCACCAUGCCAGCAAGCAACGGUACCAUACAAGCCUCCCUAGAUGGCAGCGCAUUCCCAGUGAUUACUCUAGAGGCCUUUGACGCUACUCGUUUCAGACCUUGCACACCACCGCUAAGCUUUAACAAUAAAGUCGCCCAGGGAGGCUCUGACGAAGUCAGUUACUCCGCAAAUCCAGCCUUCAAUAUCGACGAGUUCUUUGAAAAUCUGAACGAUCCAUCAAGUACUAGCUGUGAACUCACCACCUUGCCAUUUUCAACCUCAUGGGACGACGACUACAUGGGCUCCGGUGCGUCAACUUCCACGCCCCACCUCAUUGAGCAAAAUAUGGAACAGAACAUUUCCUCGCCUGGCACCACAAUUGUUAAAGUCAUUCCCGAGAUCAGGCUACCAACAAUACUUGAGAGAGAAGAAGCAUAUAUGGAUAUCACAAAUAUGCUGCAUCUCCCGAAUGUUUGGUACUCUUCAGAAUGA